GAUAGGGCGAGCGGGUGUGGGUGAUGAUCUGAGAAUAAGUCGAAGCAACACUCCAAAAAGGGGUCACGAGCCAUUACAAGACAACCCCAGAUACGUCUCUCUUUCAUCCUCAUAUUGCCUUUGCACGUUUUCUAUAAUAUAUAUCUAUUGCUCUAUGCUUUAACCCUCCCUCCUUCUCUCUAAAUCUGAGCCUUUUAAGCAAAACCAAGCUUCAGAUUCCAGUGCUCUUGCUUCCCAAGUUCCAACGAUGAUCACGCACCAGUUUCUCUUGUUCUCCUUUUGCUUCGUUGCCUUCACUCUCUCCUCUGUUCCCGUCGAAGCCCUUAAUGUUGGUGUCCAAGCAGCGGAUUCUGCCAUCACCGUGAGUAAAGAAUGCAGCAGAAAAUGCGAGUCAGAGUUCUGUUCAGUGCCUCCAUUUUUGAGAUAUGGGAAGUAUUGCGGGCUAUUAUACAGUGGGUGCCCCGGGGAGAAACCUUGUGAUGGACUUGACGCUUGCUGUAUGAAGCACGACGCUUGCGUUCAAGCUAAGAACAAUGAUUAUCUGAGUCAAGAGUGCAGCCAAAACUUCAUAAACUGCAUGGCCAACUUUCAGAAAUCUGGUGGAAGGACUUUUAAGGGAAACAAAUGCCAAGUUGAUGAGGUGAUUGAUGUAAUCAAUGUAGUGAUGGAGGCUGCUUUACUUGCUGGAAGAGUUCUUCAUAAGCCAUAGAGCGGAGCUUUCCACCCCACGCAAAGGAAGGACAAAUAUGAAAUUAACUCAAAUGUUAUAUUUCUGAUUCUUUUGCUUUGUAGCCAUACAUUAAAUUUCUAUGUUUCAUUUAGAAGAUUUGUGUGAUGCGCUUUGCCAAUGGCAAAGACGUUUCAAUUUGUUAUUCUAAGCUACAAUCAUCUGUCAUCAACUCAUGUGGAUUUUUUUUC